UUAAACUUGCAAGACAUGCUCUUUCUGCGUACGGAAGUCGUCCGCAAAGGUCGUGUUGUGGCAUUCAUCGGAAGUCCUCGUUCUGCCGUCCGUACGGCGACUACGCGAAGCCGUGUGGUGAAAGCAUCCUGCCAAACGGGGUGGAGUAGCGCGGCACUUCGUCGCAACGAUCAGGCACCGGCCAUGAAGGUUUCCUGGGUUUUGUUCAUCACUCUGACUGCAGUGCUGUGGUACCUGUGGCCACAGCUUCCGCUCCUUCCGGGCAUUGCCCACAGUCUCGGUUCCCUGAUGGUGAUGAUGUGUGCGAGUUAUUUUCUCGGAAAAUACCUCAGCGCAUGCGCUGGCGUCCGCCUGGUGAGCGGAUAUGGGAAGGCAGUGCUUAUCACUGGUUGCGACACGGGUUUCGGACACCUGCUGGCCAAAUUCCUGGCCAGGGACGGCUUUCUCGUCUUCGCCGGCUGCCUGGACGCUAACGGCGAAGGAGCAACGUCGCUCAAAAAGCUGGCUAACGUCAAAGUCCUCCAGAUGGACGUCACAAAAGACGCCGAAAUUGACGGGGCUCACCGCGUGGUGAGACAAGAGCUUGGAACACGCAAGCUCUGGGCUGUAGUGUGCAACGCUGCAAUAAUGAACAGCGGCCUCAUCGAAUGGUUGACGAUGGCGAGCAUCACACGCAUCUUUGACGUCAACGUGUUCGGUGUGGUGCGCGUGGUCAAGAAGUUCCUGCCGAUGCUCAAGGAGAACAGGGGUCGAGCAGUCAUCGUCACGAGCAAUCUCUCGCAUUUCACGCUGCCGUUCACAACGCCUUACGCAAUGACGAAGCACGCGGUGCAGUCUCUGGUCGACGGUCUGAGGAGAGAGACUCAUGGCAAGGGAGUCGACAUUGUCGCCGUCGAACCACUCACCUACAGGUCCAAGGUUACCGAAGCCGUGGGAUCCCUCGAUGCCGUCGAGAAGGAAUUCAAGAGCCAACCUGCCGAAGUAAUGGCUGGCUACAACGCGCAAGAACUCCACGACUGGACCCGCUCAAUGAAGGCGCUCUACGAGUGGAGGAUUAAAGACGACAUCGAAGAGCUGGUCGACCAAAUGGUCCUGGCUGUCAGGGAGAAGUAUCCGAAAACGCGAUACCGGACGAUGGCCAUCUUUGACUACGCAUGGGUUACCUGCCUGAGGACGUUACCGGCUGAUGUGGUGGACCUUAUCUUACUAUGGUCGAGGCGGAUGGCGUUGUGGAAGAAGUGA